CCCAGCCUUGCUCUGGCCCUGAGCAGCCAUGGAGAGGAUUGAGAAGGUCGUGAGGCAGGCGAGAGCCGCCUUCAACUCGGGCCGGAGCCGCUCGCUGGAGUUCAGGAUGCAGCAGCUGAAGGCCCUGGAGCGGAUGGUGAAGGAGAAGGAGAAGGAGAUCCUGGCAGCCCUCCAUGCGGAUCUGCACAAGAGUGGGCCCACUGUGUACAACACUGAGAUCCUGAGCGUGCUGGGGGAGCUGACCCUGGCCAUGGAGAAGCUGCCGUCCUGGGCAGCCCCUCAGCAUCUGAAGAAGAACCUGUUGACAAUGAGGGAUGAGGUCUUUGUCAACUUUGAGCCUCUGGGAGUGGUGCUGAUCAUCGGAGCCUGGAACUACCCCUUUGUCCUGGUCAUGCAUCCUCUGAUCGGGGCCAUUGCAGCAGGCAAUGCCGUGGUGGUGAAGCCGUCGGAGGUGAGCGAGAACACGGCUCAGCUGGUGGCUGAUCUCCUCCCCCAGUACCUGGACCAGGAGCUGUACCCUGUGGUAACUGGAGGAGCUCCUGAGACAACAGAGCUGCUCACCCAGAGGUUUGAUCACAUCCUCUACACCGGCAACACUGCAGUGGGCAAAAUUGUGAUGGCAGCAGCUGCCAAGCACCUGACACCCGUCACCCUGGAGCUGGGUGGGAAGAACCCCUGCUACAUCGACAAGGAUUGUGACCUGGCCGUCACCUGCAGGCGAAUAACAUGGGGGAAGUACACAAACUGUGGGCAAAUCUGCAUCGCCCCAGACUACAUCCUCUGUGACCCAUCCAUCCAGAGCCAGGUGGUGGAGAACAUCAAGGCAACUCUGCUGGAAUUCUAUGGGGAGGACGUGAAGUCGUCUCCGGAUUAUGAAAGGAUCGUCAACAAGCGUCACUUCAAGAGGGUCGUGGGCUUGCUGGAAGGGCAGAAGAUCGCUCACGGGGGAGAGAGUGAUGAGGCCUCCUGCUUCAUAGCACCGACCAUCCUGAUGGACGUUUCCCCGGAUUCCAAGGUGAUGGAGGAGGAAAUCUUUGGACCCGUCCUGCCCAUUGUGACCGUGAAGAGCAUAGAGGAAGCCAUUGAGUUCAUCAACCGUCGGGAGAAGCCCCUUGCCUUGUAUGUCUUCUCCAACAACAAGAAGCUGAUCAGACGGGUGAUAUCAGAGACCUCCAGUGGUGGCAUGACAGCCAAUGACGUCCUCAUGCACACGGUGGUUCCGGAUCUGCCCUUCGGUGGUGUGGGUCACAGCGGGAUGGGAGCCUACCAUGGCAGGUGCAGCUUCGAGACCUUCUCCCACCGCCGCACCUGCUUGAUCAGGGACCUGAGGCUGGACGUUCUGAACAAAAUGCGGUACCCACCUGUCAGCCAGGAGAGGAUGGAUGUGGCCAAGUUCGUCCUCCUGAAGCAUUGUAGCGACUGCCGAGUGGGACAGUUCCUCUCGGCCCUGCUGGGGGCUGUGAAAGCAGUGAUGGCAAAGAUAUUCUCCCCCUGACGAGAGGGGUGAUGGGCAGUCAGCAGCUUUCCAGCCCCGGAACCCACCACUUGCUCCCUGCGGUCCUAGUGCUGAAUUUUUCUCUGCUGCAGUUUCAUUUCUUCCAAGGCAGCCAACACACUGAAGAGGUAGAAGACAAGAAAAAAUACCUAGAGCAGAGACAGUCCAAGCUGAAGGCUCCAACUCCUGCUGAAGCAGGAAUUUAUCAAGACCUAGGCCAUGUGUCAUGCCUGAGCAGUGAGUGCCAGAUGGAAGGAAACAGCAUCCACCCUGCUUUGUAAACAGGAGCUUAUCUAGAAACUCUUGGGAAUGGGGGAGUGUUUGUCACAAGGGUACCUAAACAAAGCCAGUUGUUACUGA